UUACACGAUCCUCUAAUAGACCCGACGAAGAAGAAUGACGGCGGAGCGGCAUGAAUCGUGAAUUUAAUGUAUUGUCAUGAGGAUGACAAUAAAUGUAGUACACAACGAGUGUCUAGAGUGUGAAAGAAGCUGGCGGCGUUACUGUGUUUAAAAUACAACGCUACAGGAAACAGCUGCCACUUCCAGGGAUGUAUUAGCUGUCUCUCGUUUGAGCUAGCUUACAUGUCCACAUAGAGCCAGCUUAGUGACAUAUCCUCACGUUUUCUCCACAAGACGAGGCGACAUAAAUCGGCUAACGACCGCUUUUCAGUUGAGUGUAAAAGUCCUGAAGUUCUAUUUGUCCCAAUGGCUUCAUCUGAGGUCAACAGCAUGCAGGAAAUGAGCGAGGUUGUGAUUGUCACCAUCCCAGACCCAGCAACCGAAGACCUUCCCUCUGUGGUUGAUGAGGAUAAAGCAGUGCUAAUGACUGCAGAGCUGACCGCUCAGCCAGGUGAGGACAUACUCACAGUAGCACCAGUGGAAGCCGAAGCUGAGGCCAGCAGAACAGAUUCAAUGUCAAAGGAAGAAGCAGUCAUCGGUAAUGUGACCUGCACCACUGUGAAGUUGACAGAAGAGGUCGAUGUGGAAGCUGACGUCUUUUACCCAAUCACCUGUGGAGAUGCCAAAGCCACGCUGGUCUGGAAGAAAUUUGUUUGUCCCGGGAUCAAUGUUAAAUGUGUCCAGUUCAACGAGCAGCUUAUCAGCCCGAAGGAGUUUGUGUGUUUAGCAGGGAAAUCCACCCUGAAGGACUGGAAAAGAGCCAUCCGCCUCAAUGGCACCAUGCUCAGGAAGAUCAUGGACUCGGGUGAACUGGACUUUUACCAGCACACAAAGGUUUGCUCCAACACCUGCCGCAGCACUAAGAUUGACCUGGUGGGAACUAAAGUGUCCAUCAGCAGUGACCAGUCUGCUGAGCUGGUUCCUGCCUCCCACUCAUCAGCUGACUUGAAUGGAGCCGCAGCCUCUUUGUCAGAAGUGGCAGAGGAAACUUCAGAGUGGGUCACAGCAAUCGGAGAGGACUCUGUGGCAUUCUGGCGUGCGUUGAAGGAGGCAGGGCUGCUGGUGGAGGUGGUGGAAGACUUUCAGAAGGAGCUGCAGGAGGUGCUGAAGGGGCUGCAGGAGAGAGUGUGUGACCCACCACUACAGGUCAAAGAUGCUGUUUUGCUCAACAAUAUCGUGCAGAACUUUGGGAUGUUGGACCUCGUGAAGAAGGUUCUGGCCAGUCAUAAGAGCCAGAUGGAUCGUUACAGAGAGCAGUACACUCGCAGCCUUGCAGCCUUGGAGCAGCAGUGUGAUGAGCACAGGAAGCGAGCCAAAGAGUUAAAGAGCAAAUCCCAACACCUCAACAACGUUCUGAUGACCCUAACCCCAGUCCCUGCAGCUCCUGUGCCCAAGCGCCCCCGUUUGACACGUGCCGUCUCUGGCCCAGCUGCAGUCAACGCUGCUCCCACCCAGAUCACUCUGCCCCUCAACCAGCUGACCAGCUUGCCACUGGGCAAGGUUCUGACCAUGGCAGGAGGCCAGGCAGGCACCAACCUGGGUGGGUACACUCUGCUGACCUCCGCCCUCUCUGGGUCGGAGCUGGCAGCCGACGCCUCUAACCUGACUGUGCUGUCUGCAGCGGUGGGUCAGGAGGGCGCAGCCGGUACCGGCGGCUCCACGGCGUCCACUGCCUUCGUUAAGGUGGUUGGUCCUCAGUUCCAGCUGGUGACACUGCCGGCCACGAUGCAGAGCUUGGCCACCACACAAGGCACGGCUUUACAACAGGAGGUCGGCACCAUCAGUGUGGUGGACACCAUGGCAACUGAUGCAGGCGAUUCACAAGAGGAAGGCCAGGCUGAUAGUAAAGAUGGAGGUCAGCCAGGGCAGGUUAAAGAGGAAGAUGGUGAGCAGUCAGCCAAGUAGCAUUGAGACAAAAGACAGCUGUUCUCUUCCCUGACUCCCAGCUUGUAAUCGCCCUUAUGUCAUCGUUUUAGAGCCUGGACUGAAUGUGCAUUUCCUGUGAUGGCUGACAACUCAACCACAUUUACAUUUUUACAGACCACUGCAUCCAUUGUGUUCACUUGUCAUUUAACACAACACAGCAGCCACCUUGUACGUAAUUGUCCUUUGACAUUCAAGAUGCAGAUCUGUAUGGGUGUCAGGACUGUGGAUUUCAGUACUGAUUUCACUGUAAAUAUGUUUUUGUAUAUAAUAUAUUUGAUACAGCUGUUUAUGUAGGUAUUUAUUCCAUGUAGGCUGGAAUAUGGAUAGUUGUUAAGUUUGGUAAUAAAUGCUCAGUUUUCAAAAUAAAAAUGUGCAUCAUUA